AUGGGUUUUCUGUUUCAGUUCCCCUUCGCAGUAGUUCAUGUCUUCCUGCUGCUGCCGUGCUCUAGUACUGCGGUGCUUGAUGCUGUUACUCCAACCCAGCCUCUGAUCGACAGCGAUGGACAGACUUUGGUGUCCAAAGAUGGAACCUUUGAGCUGGGUUUCUUCACUCCUGGUCCUUCCUCCAACAGGAACCGUUACUUGGGGAUUUGGUACAGGAACAUACCGGUCAGAAGAGUUGUCUGGGUUGCAAACCGCGACACUCCGGCUACCGAUUCAGGCAGCUCUUUGUCGGUAGACACAGGUAAUAGAAGCUUGGUAAUUGUCAGCAGCAACAAGAGUGUCACUUUGUGGUCAUCAAAUGCGACGGCCAGCAGUAAUCACCUGGUGACUAGUCUAGUAGCCGAACUUCUCAACACUGGCAAUUUGGUACUAAGAGACCAAAAUGACACGAGCAAUUCAGAGGAAUUUUUGUGGCAGAGCUUUGAUUAUCCAUGUGACACACUUUUACCAGGGAUGAAGCUGGGAUGGGACUCCAAGUCGGGGCUUAACCGCGGCUUAACAUCUUGGAAGAGCCCCGACGAUCCAUCCACUGGGGACUUCAGAUGGGGAAUCCAAGUGCAGAACAACCCUGAAGAGUUCAUGUGGAAGGGCUCAGAGAGGUUCCACAGAAGUGGGCCAUGGAACGGGUUGGGGCGCAGCGGGGCACCUGAAUUGAGGGACAAUCCAGUCUUCUCCUACAAAUUUGUGUGGAAUGAAGACGAGGUUUACUACCAAUACGAGCUGAAGAACAAGUCAUUGAUCUCCAUUGUAGUCAUGAACCAGACAUCGUACCUACGCCAGCGUCUGGCUUGGAACGAGGGGAGCCAGAGUUGGGGGUUGUAUGCAUCGGUGCCGAGAGAUCGGUGUGACAACUAUGCCACCUGUGGGGCAUAUGCGACCUGCAUGGUUUCUGAAUCCCCAAUUUGUGAGUGCAUGAAAGGGUUCAAGUCUAAGUCGCCCGAGAUGUGGGAAAUGGCGGAGUGGUCUCAAGGGUGUGUGAGGGAGAAGCCAAACAAUGCGGAAGGUUUUGUCAGGUACAGUGAGUUGAAGCUCCCUGAUGCCACCCAUUCUUGGGUGAACAAGACCAUGAGCCUUGGGGAAUGCAGAAACAAGUGUCUGCAGAAUUGUUCGUGCACGGCAUAUGCUAAUACAGAUAUCAGAGGGGCAGGAAGCGGCUGCUCCAUUUGGUUUGCUGAUUUGAUUGACAUGAAAAUGUUUUCAACUGGGGGGCAGGAGAUUUACAUUAGAAUGCCGGCUUCAGAACUAGGUAUGUAUUCCAGAGUCAAGGAACAGGGUGAUUCAAACAUUUGCAGAAAGGAAGAUCUAGAGCUACCCUUAAUUGACCUACACAAGAUAGUUGACGCCACUGCCAACUUUUCAGAUUCCAACAAGCUGGGAGAAGGAGGAUUCGGACCUGUCUACAAGGGUGUUAUGGCAGAUGGACAAGAAGUAGCUGUGAAGAGGCUGUCAAGCGAUUCCGGGCAAGGAUUGAAGGAGUUCAAGACCGAGGUCAUACUGAUAUCGAAGCUUCAGCACAGGAAUCUUGUCAAGCUUCUUGGCUGUUGCAUUCAAGGAGAUGAAAAGAUGCUGAUUUAUGAAUACAUGCCACACAGAAGCCUAGACUCUUUCAUUUUUGAUAAAGGAAGAAGCAGAUUGUUGGACUGGGGCAAGCGUUUCGACAUAAUUUGUGGGAUUGCAAGAGGUCUUCUCUAUCUUCACCAAGACUCAAGACUGAGGAUUAUACACAGGGACCUCAAAGCAAGCAAUGUACUCCUCGACAGAGAGCUCAAGCCAAAGAUCUCGGAUUUUGGACUCGCUAGAAUCUUCGGAGGAGAUAACAGUGAAGGCAACACAAAGAGGGUCGUCGGAACAUAUGGGUACAUGGCACCAGAAUACGCUGCAGAUGGGCUGUUCUCCGUGAAAUCCGAUGUCUUCAGCUUUGGAAUCCUGGUACUAGAGAUCAUAAGCGGUAAGAAGAGUCGUGGGUUUUACCAUUCGGACGAGAGUUUGAACCUUAUUGGUUAUGUAAGUACCAGUUGCUAAGAAAGUUGCUUCCUCAUUCUCCCUAAUUUUCCCCAUUCUUAUCAUCACAUUACCAGCCGCUUGUUUUUUGACAGGCCUGGAGAAUGUGGAACGAAGGCAAGGCUUUGGAGCUGAUGGAUUCAGCACUCGAUGAUCAAGAGUCGCCGAGUGCUCGUAAUCUGUCACAAGCAAUGAGAUGCAUCCACACCGGCCUACUAUGCGUUCAGCACUAUGCAGAGGACAGGCCGAGCAUGGCAACUGUAGUUGUAAUGUUAGGAGGAGGCGACAGUUGUGCGCUACCGCCACCAAAAGAGCCCGGCUUUUUCAAGGACAAAGAACCGUUCAACAUGAUGGUAUACUCAUCCUCAAGCAAGGUGGAAUCAUCUUCAACGAAUGAAAUGAGUUUCACACUUCCAGAAGGUCGUUGAGUUGCCCGCGCCAAUGCCAGAAUCCUCGUCUACUAAUCGAUCCUUUUGUUCUGAUGAACUUGUUUAGUGGUUUGCAGUUUGCCGUACUUUCAAGUUUCCUGGUGAUUAAUUCGGUUGUAAUUGUAUUCUUGGUAAUGAUUAUAAGAAACUUCUGAAUUCUGAGAACAGAGUAAAAGAAUACAGUUCCAAUUGAUUACAAAGCCCAAUAAUCAAUAGACAAAAAACUUAUUACAAAGCUAGCAAUUUUAAUAGAAGCCCUUCAGAGCGGGUAUCAGAUUGUUGUGGAUCGUCCGCCGGAGACGUUUCCCGUCGGUGACCGGUCCCAAAUCCUGCUCCGCCUCUUCCUUGGACACUCUGAACGAGAAACCCUGACGCCGCUUACAACUACUGCUCUUUCUCCUCUGAUGAUCCCCCUGCCGCACAUACCUCCGGUAGUUGUUAUUACUGUAAUUGUUCCCGUCGGAGGAGCUUCUCUCCGCCGCCAGUGUCCUGGCCGCCAAGAUAUCCUCUUCGAUCUGCUCUUCCGUCAGCAGAAGCGAGAAUUUCCUCUUCUCCUUUUCUCUCUCUUUCUCCUCUCUCUGCUCCAGCUUCUUACGCUCCUCGUCCGCCGCGAUUUCAGAUCUGGAAAAGGCGGCCGUGGGAGAAGAUUUCCGGUAGGGCAACUCGAAUCCAGCGACUUCUUGCGGCGGAGAGGAGAAAUCGCGGUGACAGUUGGGCGCGAAUUUUUCGACAACGACAGUGGAAGUGGUCCCGAUUUGUCGGGACGGAGAGGGGUAAUUCGGAGCGAUUUUGCCGACAGUGAGGUCGAGAUGGCGGCCGACGCGGAGGCGCACCACAACAUUGGAUGGAGCUGGAGCCAUGCCGGCGUGCGAAUCAUCCUUCAACCCAGUUAUGGUGGUUGUGCCUGGAGGGAGCUUGUAGCGGAAGGCGGAUUUCGGCGGAGGUUUUGGGGGAGACGGGGCCGGGCGGCUUCGGAGGGAACGGCGGCGGGGAGAGAUCAUGGGCCAGUUGACGGGGAACGUAUAGUUGGAAGGCUGGACGGCCGAGGAAGC